CGCCCGUUGAGAAUCUCGAGCCCUGCACCAUCUCUCGUCUCUAUCCACCCUCUGCGAAACAGCAUCGAGAGCGGCCUUUUCCACCUUUCGUCCCUUUCCCUUGUUACCCCGUCCUGCGAGACAAACCACUCUUUAUCGUCAUACUGUGUGCUGCACCGUAACUUAAGCCAAGCCCGUGGUGGUUUACUUGUCUUGCCUACGCGAUUGAUAUAUCCAUUACCGUCCAAAGAUUGAUUAGGUCCCGUUUCUCGAAAACCUACAGCCCUACAGCCCUUGUUUCAACUCGCCUCGACCCGCCCCUUGUGCCCUCUCUUGCCCGACACUGUGCACAGAACUGACGGCUAUUCUGCAUUAUCGACCUCGGCUGAGUCUUAUUCACCAUGCUUGCCACCAGGAGAGGUGUCAGAUGGCUAAUCGCCGCCGUCGCUAUCUCUCUCAUCGCAGCAUUCUACACACUCGCCAGUCAUACUUCCGACAACUGGCUCGAUGCGAACCUCGAGACUUUCUCCGCGGCAGGCAGCUCACAGUGGAGGGUCCCAGACGACUACUUCUGGAAACAGGUCCCAACCCACUAUCCUCCUUCAGCAGUACGGCCACUUCCCUCGGGCAAGUCGAAACCAUUCCCCAGGGUCCAAGCUGUCAAGUUCCCACAGACAUCAAAGCAACGCGACGACCGUGUUUUCCAUCGCGACGCCGUCAAGCAAGCUUUUAAGAAAUGCUGGCAGGCUUAUCGGGAAAGGGCCUGGCUUGCCGAUGAGAUUACGCCCAUCAGCGGCGAAUCACGCAAUACCUUCGGCGGCUGGGGGGCAACGCUGGUCGACUCCCUCGACACGCUCUGGAUUAUGGGCCUGAAGGCCGAGUUUGCUGAGGCUGUUGAUGCUGCUGUCACCAUCGACUUCACAAAGAGCCAACAAGAAGAGAUCAACGUCUUCGAGACAAACAUCCGCUACCUGGGUGGCUUUCUGGCCGCCUAUGAUCUGAGUGGCGAUGCACGACUGCUCAGGAAGGCAAAUGAGGUUGGCGAAAUGCUCAUCAAGGCCUUUGACACCCCCAAUAGGAUGCCCAUAACCAGGUGGCGCGUGAAUUCAGCAGCAGAAGGAGAGAAACAGGUUGCUCCUGACAGUGAGCUUGUGGCCGAGAUUGGCAGCUUGACCAUGGAGUUCACGAGGCUGUCAUUACUGACCGGGGAUCCUAAGUGGUUUGAUGCUGUGCAGCGAAUCACUGAUAUAUUCUACAAGCAACAGAUGACAACCUCUUUGCACGGAAUGUGGCCUUUGGUCGUGAAUCCCAAGGAUGAGGUGUUCAACCUGGGUUCACAUUUUACUCUUGGUGCUAUGGCCGACUCAUUGUAUGAAUAUCUGCCCAAGAUGUCAGCCUUGCUUGGGGGAAAACUCCCCGAAUACCAGGAGAUGUAUGAGAGAGCCAUGGACGUGGCGAGCGAAUGGCUCUUAUUCCGGCCAAUGACCCCCACAGAUGAAGACAUUCUCAUCUCAGGCCAUGUCCAAGCACAUGAGGAUGGUGGGACUCUCAUCAGCCCCCAGCGGGAAGGCCAGCACUUAGUCUGCUUCGUGGGCGGUAUGUACGCCCUCGGUGGCAAACUCUAUGGGAGAAAUGAAGACGUUGAGAUCGGUAGAAAGCUCACGGAAGGAUGCAUUUGGACAUACAAGGCCUCGCCACACGGGGUCAUGCCUGAAACGCUACAUUUAGCAUCGUGCAAGUCCAAGGAUGCUUGCGCAUGGGACGAAAAUGAGUGGAAGAAGCAGGUGUUAUACACUGCUGGUGAGGAGGCCACCGGCGAUUUUAACUCUGAUAUUGGCCGUGCCGAUGCCAUAAUCGCCGAACAGAAACUGCCGCAGGGUUUCACCAAGGUGCCGGAUGGUCGUUACAUCCUGCGCCCAGAGGCUAUCGAGAGUGUCUUCAUUCUCUACCGCGUGACGGGACGUGCAGACCUUUUGGACACGGCAUGGGAGAUGUUCACCGCAAUUUCCAAAAUCACAUCUAGGCACUACGGUAACACGGCAGUCGCAGAUGUAAUGAUUCCGGACAUGCCGGCAGGGACAGAUUCAAUGGAGAGCUUCUGGAUGGGGGAGACGCUCAAAUACUUCUACUUAAUCUUCAGUGACCCAGGGCUGGUCAGCCUAGACGACUUUGUCUUCAACACCGAGGCGCAUCCAUUUAGGCGAUUAAAGAUAUAG